AUGUUGAUGUUUGUUCAUUCUCCAGGUUGCACACUGAAUCAACAGACAGUGGAUGUGACUGGAAACGUGGGACAGUCUGUCCUUCUGCCCUGCUCCUGCUCUGAACUACAAGCCAAACCACACACUUUCACAUGGAGCUUUUUAAAAGGUUCUUACCCUGAAAUCUUCCCAAAGGACCAGACAAAUUGCUACACAGACAGAGUUCAGCUCUUUAAUGAUCAUCCUCCAGGAAAUCUCUCUCUACUCAUAUCACACCUGACUGUAGAGGAUGGAGGAUGGUACAGGUGUGAGAUCAACAAUGAAAUCAAUACAGACAUCCUACUUACAGUGAAAGGUGCACCAACAAGACCUUCAUCAUCCACACCAGUGAUCACAACAACUUCACCUCCUUCCAGUCCAAAUGUCACAACAAAAGGUACAAAACCAACCCCAGUGCACAAUGAUGAAUCAACUGCACACCCUGAAACACCUGAUCCUCUUCCAUACAUCCCUGUUGCCAUGGUGACUGUGAUCUUUCUGCACAUUAUCGUGGCUGUGGUUUAUUGCACUACCAGAAAGAAAGGUCCUGGUACAGUUCAAUACAGCAGAGGGGAUGGAGAUGUACCAGUGAGUUUGCAGUAAAGAAGACCUCAAUUUGCUGAUCCAUCAAAAAAUUAAUCAAGAUAUUUGUUCAGAAAUAGUCUUGCUUAAGCAGUUCUUUAAAUACUAUAGCUUAAUUUGGUAUUCACAAUUUGAUCUCUCGAACCCUUUUAUACUUUCAGCUUUGCAUUUUAUGAUUAAUAUUAUUUUAGCUAAAUCACAGAAUAUAUGUGGUUACAUUUUAAUGUGUAUUAUUUAUAGGUUUAUAUCUGAUGCUUACAUGGUGUUGAAGAAUGAUUUAUAUUCACAACACUUACAUAAUUAAAAGCUAGGCACAUUCUAUUUGUUUCCUUACAAAAUAUUGUUUAUUUUAAUAAGAUUGGAUUGUAAAUACUAUCCUAAAUGAAGUGUUGUGCCAGUGGUAAA